GUGGGCGUCUCUUUGGGCACGGAGGGGUCGGGGGCCCUUGAGCCCGCUUCGAGGUUGGAGCCGCGAGCGUCUCCUGUUGGGGCCCUAGAGCAGGGGGCUGCAGAGAGGACGCGGAUGGCUGCGGAGAGGAGGGCGAAGAGCAGAAGCCGUGGAGGGGCGGCGGUGGCGAAGAGAUGAUGUAGAGAAGCCUGGUCGGCCAGCAGCGGUGCGGGGGGCUAAGAGGAUGCAUCCGUGCGGGAAGAAGCUGUGACGGACCUUGGGGCAGGCGCCUGAUAGAGGGACAUCCGCGUGAAAGCAUCGUAUUGGUGACUUAGUGAAGUAGCAAUGUAGGCAGGCUAAGAGGACCCGUGGGUUUUAAGAGAGAAACCGUCCAGUGCGGGAGGACCCUAGGGUCUGACCUGCUGACGGCAGCCAAACUAAUAAAGCAUCUCAAGUCGUGACUUUCUCCAUUUGACCAGGCAUGUGGAUCCUCCGGCGAGGUAGCCACCCCCUCCGCAUCCUGCUGUCCCUGCGGGGGGAAUGGAUGGGCCGGAGGGGUCUGCCCCGAAGCUUGGUCCCGGGCCCUCCUCGUAGACGGUACAGGAAGGAGGCUCUCCCAGCCUUGGAAGUCCCUGCACUGCCUGUAACCACAACUGAAAUCCGCCAGUAUUUGCGGGCGCAUGGGAUACCCUUCCAAGAUGGCCACAGCUGCCUGCGGGCACCGAGCCCCUUUGUGGGGGCCUCUCAGCUCCAGGACCAGGCUGGUGCUGCCACUUCCUUCAGCCUUUUCAUUGACAAGACCACGGGCCGCUUUCUCUGCAUGACCAGCCUCGCUGAAGGGAACUGGGAAGACUUUCAGGCCAGCGUGGAGGGACGAGGGGAUGGGGCCCGAGACGGGGUCCUGCUUAGUGAGGUCCCAGAAGCUGAGGACAGUGAGGAGGUUCUGAGGAUCUGGGACCGAGCCAUACCUCUCUGGGAGCUGCCCGAGCCAGAGGAGGCCAGGCUUACUCGGGUGAUGUUUGGCCUUACCAAAGUGACAGAUGACACGCUCAAGCGUUUCAGUGUACGCUAUCUGCGGUCCGCCCGCAGCCUUGUUUUCCCUUGGUUCUCCCCUGGAGGUUUGGGGUUACGCGGCCUGAAGCUACUCGGGGCCGAAAGUCAGGGGGAUGGUGUGCGCUACGUGGAGACCACCGUUCCCAGGCCGGGUGCCUACCACAACCUGUUUGGAUUACCACUGAUCGGUCGCCGAGAUGUCGAGGUUGUGCUGACAAGUCGUGAACUGGACAGCCUGGCCUUGAGCCAGUCCACAGGGCUGCCCACCCUCACCCUCCCCCGAGGAACGGCCUGCUUACCCCCGGCCUUGCUGCCUUACCUUGAACAGUUCCGAAGGAUUGUGCUCUGGCUGGGGGAUGACCUUCGGUCCUGGGAAGCUGCCAAGUUGUUUGCCCGAAAACUGAACCCCAAGCGAUGCUCCUUAGUUCGGCCUGGGGACCAGCGGCCCCGUCCUCUGGAAGCCCUGAACCAAGGCUUAAAUCUGCCCCGUAUCCUGCGCACUGCACUGCCCGCCUGGCACAGGUCUAUCGUGUCUUUCCGCCAGCUUCGGGAGGAGGUGCUCGGAGAACUGUCAAACGUGGAGCAGGCAGCUGGCGUCCGCUGGAGCCGCUUCCCAGACCUCAAUCGACUCUUAAAGGGACAUCGGAAGGGCGAGCUGACUGUCUUCACAGGGCCAACUGGCAGUGGGAAGACCACUUUCAUCAGUGAGUAUGCCCUGGAUUUGUGUACCCAGGGGGUGAACACGCUGUGGGGUAGCUUUGAGAUCAGCAAUGUGAGACUGGCCCGCGUCAUGCUGACACAGUUUGCGGUGGGGCGACUAGAAGAUCAGCUGGACAGAUACGACGAAUGGGCAGACCGCUUCGAGGACCUGCCCCUCUAUUUCAUGACUUUCCAUGGGCAACAGAACAUCAGGACUGUAAUAGACACCAUGCAACAUGCAGUCUAUGUCUAUGACAUCUGUCAUGUGGUCAUUGACAACCUGCAGUUCAUGAUGGGCCACGAACAGCUGUCCUCAGACAGGAUUGCUGCUCAAGACUACAUUGUUGGGGCCUUCCGGAAGUUUGCGACAGACAAUAGCUGCCACGUGACCCUGGUCAUUCACCCCCGGAAGGAGGAUGAUGAUAAGGAGCUGCAGACGGCAUCCAUAUUUGGCUCAGCCAAAGCAAGCCAGGAGGCCGACAAUGUUCUGAUCCUGCAGGACCGGAAGCUGGUGACUGGACCAGGGAAACGGUAUCUGCAGGUGUCCAAGAACCGCUUUGAUGGAGAUGUAGGUGUCUUCCCACUUGAGUUCAACAAGAGCUCUCUCACCUUCUCCAUACCCCCAAAGAGUAAGGCCCGGCUCAAGAAGAUCAAGGAUGAUAAUGGGCUGGUUGCCAAAAAGUCCUCUUCUAGCAAAAAGGGUGCUGUGUCCCAGGACUCUGACCAGGGCUCAGACCAGGCCCUCCAACCCCACUUGCCAGACCCCUCCAGGCCUUCACAGUGAGGGCAGAGUGGAGCUGGUCGCUGAGCUGAGCCUGAUGGGACACACUGAGCUGUCCGCUCUUCCUCAGCCCUCUCUGAGGUCUGCCUCUAUGGGUGGCUCUGAACUCAAUGACCUGAUACGUGGCUUUCACUGGGAGACAUUUUACUGUAGCAGCUACUUGGGAACCCACUGUGUGCCAGGCUUUGUUCUGGAAAUGUAGCACUGACUAAACCGACAAGGUCCCAGCUCUCAGGGGACCUGCAGUCUGGAAGGAGACAAUUUUAGUUAGUGGAAAGCGCUAGAGAGAAAAUUAGACCAGUACUGCAGUAGUGCCUAUAAGCUAGUUUAGAUUAAGGUCUGAAAAGGUGUAUCUCAGCAGAAGACAGCUUUGGGGGGCCUGAUGAACUAGAAUUGAGCCAUGUGAACAUCUGGAGAAAGGGAUCUGGCAGAGGGAAAAGUAAGUGCCACGGCUGAGGUGGGAGUGAGCAGGGCGAGCUCCAAGCCUUGGGGUCAGGCCCUCUGAGCCUGGAGGAGAGGGGACAGGACAUCUUGCCAAACCACAGCCUAGGCUUGCCGACCCAAAGUGUGUAGGUUGGUACCAGGUUCCACUGCUCCCCACUCUGAGCCUACUGUGAGGUAGCACUCACUAGCACGAGAUCUUAGGUGCUUAGCGCCCCAAAGGUGGGAGCCUGGUCAUGGGGCCAUGGAAGGAAGCUGUGAACCUACGUGCCAGCCACCUGGACACCAGUUGCUUGGUACGCUGCCCAGCUGCCUGAGCGGCGCGGCCAGGCCUUUUUU